CUGUGUAUAAAGGCAGAAAUUUGAGAGAGCGACAGUGCGUAACAGGCUUUAAACUACACUAGUUCGGAGGUUUUCGCGCGAUAAACAGCGAAGCGCCAUGAUUGGUCGGCGUAGAAAUUUGAUUCCGUUUCAUUCUUUCCUUUUCUUUCUCUCUGUCUCUCUUCUGGUUCGCGUCCACCGGCCGGCGUUAAAGAAAGACCGAGUAACGUUUCCCCAGGGAAGUCGUAAACGACGUCCAGAGAGACUCGAACCGAGCAGUUCCGAACAGUCUGUCAGAGACGGUGCUUUCGCGAACACGAUUCUCGUCGUGCGUCGCUUCGUAAACGUGUGUGUACCGGUUCAAAAAAAGUUGUUACACACAGCCUCUAGUUAGACCCCUGGCAACGCGUUGUCGCUUGAAAACAAUGACUGUACGUUCCAGUGGUUAGAAGUAAAGAAGAAAUUACUGGCACAUAGCAUUCAAACCGUCUUUUUUUUUUGAUCGAGGCCAGACGGCCACACUAGCUCUAGGAACGGCUCGACGCGUAUCGAUCUCGUACAAGGCUAGCAGAACGGAGCUGCCAUCUCAGCGACUCCUCCACAUGUGGACAUCGCCGUCCCGACUCAGGAUCGGCCGAGCACCCAGGAAAAAGACGACACCUUAAGGUGAUAGCUGCUGCAGCAGCUACCGCGACCGGUGAACGAUGGAGAACACCAGGAGAAAGUUGUCUUUCCUUGGUUUUGGCAAGAGGGUAUCGGUCGACGGUCAUGGCGCGGAAACGGGACCGGAACUCGACGAGGAGAUGGAGAAGGUUUUCGCAAUGGAUACCGGGGAGAAGUUCGACGUAGCCCGCCUCGGUUCCCCAUCAGAAUCGGCUGGAUCCGAUCGAGAACGAGAACGAGGGCCACCAUCGCGAUAUGGAGAUCGCGACUUCAAUCAGCAUCGGAAAAGAAGUUACCCCCAUCCGCACAUGCCCUUGAAAAGUCUUCAUUCCAGGUCUAUGCGACGACAUCUUUCACCCGAAGGAUCCACAGCGGAAGCCGGCCAAGAAGAGGAGAACGGGCAGGUUGUAACAGGAAAUGGCGGCGGCGGCGGUGGACAUGAGCUGGACACGAUGGACAAUGGAUUGUCGCCGACGAGCAUGCAGAACGCCGCCGAUGACGAGACCACGGAGGAAAUGGAGAACGUUGUCAGCAGCGAGAGCGAGGCGCCGAUUUCGGAGAGGGCUGCUUCCGGUUUCAGCGACAGCCCGACCGUUGGCAGCCCGCGGGUGCAAUUCGAGAAGAUCAAGGAGGAGGAGGUGCACAGUUUCUUCAAGAAGGACGAGGUGGCGGGCGUCGCUGCCUCAGCGAACCACGACGAGGAUCGAAAGUGUAGAAGGCAUCAGAAGCACGAGCACAAAAGACAUCAUCACAAAUCGCGAAAAUACUCGCUCCAAGAGGAUCCACAAUGGAGAAAACGAUCGGGAGCUGGUCUCCCGGAUGGGCCUGGUGUGCUUGCGAGGCGAGUCAGCGUGCAACCGGAAGAGGCGAGCACCCUUCAAGAAUUGGACAUAGACGACCUGGAGUCGCACAGGAGCGACGAUCCGCGCGGCAUGAGGCGUCACAAGGCCGCUCAUUCGACGGUCCAGAUAGGGAGGAAGAAGGAAGGUGGCAUACCCCAUGACACCUUCAAAAAGAUGUACGACCAUUCCCCGCACGAGGUGUUCGUCCAAUUGGACGAGCUGUACGGGGUGGGCGAGGAAAGGGAGUGGAGGGAGACGGCCAGAUGGAUCAAGUACGAGGAAGACGUGGAGGAGGGAGCGGACAGAUGGGGCAGGCCCCACGUAGCCUCCCUGAGCUUCCACUCCCUGUUGAAUCUCCGUAGAUGCCUCGAGACGGGUGUGGUCCUCCUCGAUCUCGAGGAGAAGGAUCUGCCCGGCCUCGUGUACAGAGUGGUCGAGCAAAUGGUGGUCGAAGAGCUGAUCCUACCGGAGGAUAGGCCGGUAGUGAUGAGGGCGCUGUUGCUUAGGCACAGGCACGUCCACGAUCACGAUCGUGGAUUCCGUUUCGGCGGGAAACGGAAUUACGCCAGCUACACGAGCUUGCAGUCCGUCUGUCUGGAGGAAGAGGACGCUGCGCGGGAAGCCUCUGAGAACCAUGUAACCCAACAUAAUCUGAACGACACGAAACCGAAAAUCGUGUCGUCGAACUUGGCCCUGGACAGCAAUCACACGGUGGUCGAUAUGAAGGAGGAGUUGACGUACACGAGCAGCAACGAGGAUCUGAAGAAGAGUCACAACGAUUACAUAUUGAAGAGGAUCCCUGCUGGUGCCGAGGCGACGGUCGUCCUGGUCGGUGCGGUCGAUUUUCUGGACCAACCGACGAUCGCUUUCGUCAGGCUUGCCGAGGGUGUGUUCAUUCCAUCGAUCACGGAAGUCACGAUACCAGUAAGAUUCAUGUUCACGUUGCUGGGGCCGAGGAACGCUGAUCUAGAUUAUCACGAAAUCGGUAGAUCGAUCGCCACCCUAAUGGCCAAUACGUCGUUCCAUAAAGUCGCUUACAAAGCGAACGAAAGACGAGAGCUUCUUUCCGCGAUCAAUGAGUUCCUGGAUGAUUCGAUUGUUCUGCCCCCUGGAGAUUGGGAGAGGCAGGCGUUGUUACCUUUCAGCGAGCUGAAGGCGAAGAGCGAGGCCAUCAGGAAACGGAAGGCCAAAGCGCUCGAAGAGAAGAGCAAACCUAUUCAAAGCGAGGCCGCUGUCAAGAAAGCUCUUCUUGCUGGCGAAGAAGAAAAGAAACCUCCCGACGACGAUGAUCCACUUCGAAGAACCAAACGUCCAUUUGGUGGUCUCAUCAAUGAUAUCAAAAGACGCUAUCCUUUCUAUCUGUCCGAUUUUACCGACGGUUUGAGUUCAUCCUGUCUAGCAGCAGCCAUUUUCAUGUACUUUGCUGCCCUCUGUACAGCCAUCACUUUUGGCGGUUUGAUGAGCGACAAAACGCAUAACGUUAUCGGCAUAUCCGAGACCCUUGUUUCUGGCUCCUGGACCGGAGUGGUGAUGGCUUUAUUCUCCACCCAACCUUUAGUCAUCAUUGGCACGACUGGCCCUUUAUUGCUCUUUGACGAAAGCUUGUACAACUUCUGCCUUGCGAACGAAUUGGAAUUCUUAACCGUGAGAGUUUACGUUGGAGCGUGGAUGGGAAUCAUAGCUCUGGCGAUCGCCUGUGUCGAGGGAUCCGUGUUGGUCAGACUGUUCACACGUUUCACCGAAGAAAUUUUCACAGGCUUAAUAUCCAUCCUUUAUAUCGUUGAAACGUUUAUCAAGCUGUACAAUUAUUUUGUGAAAAAUCCGUUGCUCGACGAGUACAGUUUUAUUCCCGAGACGAACGAAACAUUUUACGAAGAGCCGUUAAAUGUUACAGAGAUCGACAUUGUCUCCCCAAAGACUGGUGAGACGAUUGGUAUCCCAUUGAGCAAACCUCAAACUUUGAUACCAGCGCACAAUGCGGCUGGAAUAUUGAUAAAUCAACCGAACACCGCCCUUAUGUGUACCAUUUUGUGUCUUGGUACAUUCCUCGGUGCUUAUUAUUUGCGCAUCUUCCGCAACAGUCAUUACCUCGGACGAAGUGCCAGAAGAGCUUUCGGUGAUUUUGGCGUGCCCAUCAGUAUUGUUGUAUUUGCGUUGAUCGAUUAUCUGGCUAAAGUAAAAACGGAGAAAUUAUUGGUCCCGGAAGGUUUAACCCCUACUCUACCUGGUAGAAACUGGAUCGUAUCGCCCGCUGGAGUGCAUAAACCUAUUCCUCUUUGGAUGGCCAUGGCUUGCAUCGUGCCAGCGUUGCUGGUUUACAUUCUCGUUUUCAUGGAAACUCAAAUCUCCGAGUUAAUCAUCGAUAAGAAAGAACGAAAAUUACGAAAAGGCAACGGCUAUCACAUGGAUAUAGUAGUAGUGUGUUUGAUGAAUGUCGGUUGCGGUUUAAUGGGCGCUCCUUGGUGUUGCGCCGCCUCCGUUCGAUCAUUAACACACGUCUCGGCGGUGACAGUUAUGUCCCGUACUCAUGCGCCCGGAGAUAAACCGCACAUUGUCGAAGUAAAGGAGCAGAGAGUGAGCGCUCUGUUAGUUGCCGUGUUGAUUGGCGUGAGCGUGUUGAUGGCGCCACUUUUGCGACGCGUACCAAUGUCCGUCCUUUUGGGGGUGUUUCUAUACAUGGGUAUCUCGUCGACGAACGGCGUCCAACUGUUCGAUCGUGUGAAGCUGUUCUUCAUGCCGGUUAAACACCACGGCACGGCCAAUUACGUACGGCGUGUACAAACGUACAAAAUGCACAUCUUCACCCUCAUACAAAUUUUGUGCCUGGCCAUACUGUGGAUUGUGAAAAGUACCAGGGCAGCCUUGGCACUUCCGUUCUUCCUGAUUCUUAUGAUACCUUUACGAGGUCAGAUGAACCACUUUUUUACCGCGGCAGAGCUACGGGCACUCGAUAGCAAAGGAUCGGAACACGAGAGUACCGAGGAUGAACCAGAUUUUUACGAGGAAGCUCCGUUACCUGGUUAGAUAGUGCCUUAUUCGACUUGUCCGAAAAAUAUACCUCUCCUCUCUUCUCUUCCCGCAAUUGUUUUCUUCCCCAACUUCUUUUUUUCCAUUUUUCUUUUUUGUUUACAAAAGGAUCACGCUUUCUCCGUUUACAUUAUUGUUCAAUGUAUCAAAACGAUUCUAAUAAUACUAUUAGCGCAAAUUCUUGAGAAAAGAUCUCUAUUUUCGUGAAAGAGCAAAUGUAUGUAUACCAAAUGAAUUAAGAGAGGAUAAUGAAUUAAGGACGUAGAUAAGGGAUAAAAUAAAAGGAUUUUGAUUCUCAACGGUGGUGUUAACUCGUGUUAUUAAAUUCGUAAAAAUUAUUUUGUACUACAAAAUUUGUAAAUAAUCAAUAAUGACAGAGAUUAGAACAGAGAUGAAAUGAGAAAAUGUAUUUUAUUGUGCAUAUAUUGAAUACGUGUAGGUAUUUGAAUUAUUAACAUUUUAUUAAAUUAAAAAAAA